UCUUCGCCGAUCGAAGCUAGUGGAAUCAGUUACAGUUUCGCAACGGCACAGUGCGGUCCGUUCAGUUCUUGUUGCUCCUUAAAUCUGAAUUUAGUUGCCGGAAAAAAGCCAUCGCCAAAGAAACUUGCAACUAUGUGUCGUUCAAUGGGAUGGAUUACCUUACUGCUUGGCCUGCUGUGUGUUGUGUCGCAAACACGUGGACAGGAAAACCAUUUAGCGUGUGGUAAACGUAAAGUAGUGUCGCAAUAUCUCAUCCACAAUGGCAUCGACGCUAAGGCUGGACACUGGCCGUGGCAUGUGGCUCUUUUCCAUCGAAAGGAUGCACAGUACGAAUACGCCUGCGGUGGCUCCAUCCUGGAUGAGAACACUAUUCUUACAGCAUCUCAUUGUGUGUAUACCCAAAGCGGUGUGAUUUCGAUAUCGCGAGUGUCGGUGGAUGUGGGACGAAUUCAUCUAAACGAAUCAAGCGAAUACACACAGACGCACCUUGUGCGAGAGAUAAUAGUUCAUCCGGGAUUUAGCAAAAACAGUAUCGUCAACGAUAUUGCUCUGAUCAAGCUGAGUUCGAACAUCACGAUGAACAAGUACGUGCAACCGGUCUGUCUGUGGACCAUGGACAGCAAUCAGGAGUUGAUCGUGGGAAGAAACGGAACCAUCGUUGGAUUUGGUGUGAAUGAACAGGACAUUGUGUCGGAGCAGCUGAAACAGGCAUUGAUUGGUGUGGUGGAUCCGUUCAGUUGCAUUGCGGACGAUCGGGGGGUGUUCGGAACUCACCUGACGUCGGACAUGUUUUGUGGUAAAGGGCAGAAGGGUGUGAGUGCGUGCAAUGGAGAUAGCGGCGGCGGAAUGUUCUUCGAGAUCGGUGGUAAAUGGUUCGUGAGGGGUCUGGUGUCGUUCACACCCCUGGGUACCGAGCGGUGCGAUUCGCUAAAGAACACGGCCUACACUGAUGUGGCCAAGUAUCUGAAAUGGAUUAAACCGUACAUUGAUCAGCGUGUGCUUUCGUACGAUAGUGACGUGCUGAAUAUAGACUAUGUGGAGAAGCUAAGGCUGUUCAACUUCGAAACGUGCGGCAUGAAAUCAUCAUCAUAUAUUAAGAAUGGUACCACUUGGGCACUACCAUGGCUUGGAUUCGUCGGACCAUGGUACGAUUUAAAUUCUAGGUGUACAAUUACGCUCAUUAGCGAGUGGUAUGCGGUUGGACCUGCCCAUUGUUUGAGCACCAAUAGUGUGGAUUCGAUUGUUAUCUUCGGUAGCGACAUGCAUCAGUCAAAGACGGAAUGCUUCGAUCGCAAUAGGACGAUCGUAUGUACCCAUCCUUCACAAGCACGGCGAAUUAAACGAAUCAUCGAGCACCAAAAGUUAGGCUCGAACAGUUAUGAAAAUAAUAUUGCACUGAUCGAGUUAUACAGCCCCGUAGACACCAUGCAGCCGAAUGUGAAGCCUAUCUGUAUGCCCGUAACGUCUGAGCUGCGAACGAACGCCAAGACUAACUUACACGUGGCAAUGAAUUCAAGUGAAGAAGCUUCAUACACGCACAAAAACACUCCCGUUCGUUUUAUCGAGUCCGUAGAGUGUGUGAGACGGUACUCAGAACACAAGAUUGCAUUAAAGCUAGAAAACAACCGGUUCUGUACAGAGGUAGCAGAUCAACAGGACGUUCUUAAUUGUACUUCUUUUCAAGCGGGGGCACCGCUACAGGAAAUGAAGAUGUUGAACGGAACGGAGCGAUACUUUUUGCGAGGAGUUGAGCUACACGGGUUGGUCUGUGAUUUACAGGCACCGGCGAUUUACUUCGAUGCAGAAGCUUAUCUUGACUGGAUACUGUACAACAUGAGGGAGAACGUGCUAGAUACAAUGGAUGUGUUUGAAACUGUAACUACGAAUCAAACGCUCGAGGUGGAGUGGAGCAAGUUGCAACAGCAGCCCGGAAAGGAACGGUUGCAUCUGUUCAAUAUGGACACCUGUGGUUUAACCACCGAUGGUUUAGAGAUAUAUGAAGCUUCAACGACCCUUCCUUGGAACGGGAUCAUUAUGAAUGAUGCAAAUUUCACCGGUGAGGUUCCUUUGACGCGAAGCAUGGUAGUGCUGAUAAGCGAAUGGUAUGCUUUGGCCCCAAGGCGUAGUAUAGAGAACGAUGUUGCUUGGUAAGUGACUUUAUGUAUAGUGAUAUAAGUGUCUGCUUUCCCAUUAAAUUUAAAUGCUUUUCUAUGUGUUCGGCAGGCGAUAUAUUAUGCUUGGAGUUCAACUCAACGACUGCAUCACUAGCCAAUGCAAAACACAGCAGGUGGUGGAAAUCAAGAACAUUAUCAUCCCUCCACCGAACCAUCCGAGACAGACGUUUGCACUGAUAGAGCUUCUGGAGCCUGCGAAUCUAAUGAAUCCCUACAUCAGGCCAAUAUGUUUGCCCCUAAUGGAUCAGUUGCAUCAUCAUAAACCCACAGAAGUUGGGAUAUCAAUUAAUCUUGAUGUUGAGACAGUGAAGAAGAAGCUAGCAGUGAUUGACAACCCUUCCUGCAAGCAUGGACUACGUCAGGAGAGUUAUUUUAUCGACUUUAACGAGGAUUCUCGACAGUGUGCAAUCGAGAUAACAGUUGAGUACAAACAGAUCCCUGUACCUUCCGUCUUGGGCAGUCCCUUAAUGAUGCCUGUAUCGUACGGAGGAAGUACGCACUAUUUUCUGUACGGUAUGGAUAAUAAUGUGCCAGGUGAAUACAAUCGAUCAAUCUUUGGUCCGUAUUUGUUUGACACGGUUCAGUCGGCCGAUCUCGAAUGGGUAGUAGAGAAUGUACGGGAGCAUGAACGUCAGACGUCACUUCCCAGCACACUGACGAAUGGACGUGUGAACUUGAAGCCUGUACAGCAAGCUUCCAAGAGCAGUUUGUUUAACUUUAACACGUGCGGUGAAUCAUCCAGCAACUUUCCAAUGCCAUGGGUCGGGAAACGCCUCUCAAAUGCUCCAUUCUUUAACGAAAGUAGUUGUUUGGUUACGCUGAUAAGCGACUGGUAUGUGGUUGGUCCAGCAGAUUGUUUCGAAGAAGAUAGUCAAAAGUUCGUUUUAAUGUUCGGAGAUACUAAUGAAACAGCCUUCAAAGAAUGUUUUAAGACCAAAAACUACGAUUCGUGUAUUCAUCCAGCUCAGCGAGUUUCGAUCCAGAAGGUGUUUCUGCAUCCACAGUAUAACCAAACUAAUCGUGCCAAUGAUAUUGCAUUGAUUCAACUGGCCACUCCUGUCGAUACAAGUCGUCCGAAUGUGAGGCCCAUCUGCUUACCGAUCAUCGAUACGAGUCGUAGUUAUGAUAUUUCAAGCCUCGUAAUGGAGUCUUCUAAUUUUACAAUUACUAAAGUGGAUGAUAGGUACAUCGACCCGGUGGAAUGUCAGAAACGGUGGCAAGGUUUGAGGGCUAGCUUCACCGUAGACACAUCAAUGCAUUGUGUCGUUGUCAAAAGAACAAAGGAAGAUACGUGUCUCCGUACACUUCAUGGUGCAUCGCUCCACUCACGCCAGGCGAUGAAAUCGAGUGACAGACACUUUCUGCGCGGCUUUUCUAUAAUCCCUUCAACAGAAUGCAUCACUUACUAUCCCGUAGUUUAUAUAAAUACCGAUGCCUAUUUGGAUUGGAUACUGGAAACAAUGGAGCAGCCAGGUCUCUCAUUCGAUCUGCACCAGGUUCUGAUUUUUAGUGACAAAUAAGCCAUUCAUCUCUCGUCAGGAACGGGAUAAAUACUACACUU